CGCUUGCGCGCUGCGCGGCCGGCUCCCAGCUCAGCGCAAGAUGGCGGCGGGCGCCUCGGACCCCUUGGAAGAGAUGCUGCUCUUCUCCGAGGAGGUGGACGAGAAGGCGGUCAGCGAUCUGGUGGGCUCCUUGGAAUCGCAGCUGGCCGGCAGCCGGAGCUCCGCCGAGGCGCCCCAGCCCAGGACUUCCGCCCCGUCCCAGCAGCAGCAGCAGCAGCCGCAGCAGCAGCAGCACCAGGGGAGCCUAGCGGGGGGCAGCAGCCCCGUCCGGCAGCAGCAAGGGCAUCCCGCGCUUCCUCCCACUCCCGUGGCAGAUGAGGCUGCGGCGGGGUGUCCCGGAGCCGCGGAGAGCCGAACCCCUACUCAGGGGCAGCUCCCGUCCCCGUCCCCCCCGGCGGCGGCAGCGGCGGCAGCAGCAGCAGCGGCGGCAGGGAGGGGAGUGAGUGUAAACAGUAGUAGUGUGCAGCAAUCACAUGGAGCGGCUCUCCUCAGCAGCGGCAGCAGCCCCGGCGCGCCCGCCGCCCCUGCCCCUGCGCAGCCCGCCGCUCUCUCGCCCUCCGGCGCCCCUGCCCAGCCUGUCAACAGCCAUGUGGCUGCCGGCGCCACUGCCCGGGAAGUGGGAAGCCCCAGCCCCAGCCCGCCCGCCGCCGAGAGCACGCUACCGCCGUCGCAGCGCAACGAGGCCGCGGGGGGGAGCGGGACCCCGGCCGGGGGGGGCGGGCCGGCGGGAGUGGCGGAGGGUGCUUCUGCUGCUGCCACCGCGGCGCUCCCCGGCGAGGCGGCGCCCAACGGGGAGGGUGCGGGGGGCCGGCCGGCGGCAGUCCCACCAGUCAGCAGCCACGGCAGAGCAGACGCCGCCACGGCACAGAUAAAACCCGCGCACGGCCCGCUCUCCGCAGUAAACGCACUCAGUAACUCAGCCAGUCCCGCGCCCGCCGCACCGCCGGGGCAGGGCUCGGCCCCCAACUGCGCUCCGGCUGCCCCCGCAGCGCCCAAGCCGGCGGUCAGCGCUGCCAAGGCGGGCGCUGCCCCCCUUGCAGCCCCGCAAGCUCUUUCUCCCCGUCCGGCAUUGAGUGCUGCCCCCAGGAUCGUUGCCCCGCAGCUGAUCAUGAGGCCGCAGCACCAGACCACCAUCCAGCUGCCCCCCGGCUUCACCAUCCCGCCGGGUAUGGUCUUAGUGCGCACGGAUGCUGGACAGCUUGUAAUGGUGCCUCAGCAGGCUCUAGCACAUGCCCAAAUGCAGGCUCAAGUACAUACGCAGGCACAGGGUACUCCCACCAUGUCACCGAGACUUUCCGUGCCCACAGCUGGCCCUGUUUUUCGCCUAUCAACAGCUCAGCAACCAACUUCUGUAGCCACAUCUCCUGUCCGCCUGGGACUUCCAGUGCAAGCCAAAGUUGUUCAGUCAGCUGCACCUGUCAGUGCUACAUCUGCUGCAACUCUGCCAGGAGGCUCUAUUCUUGCCCAGACCACAGUAUCAGUAGCUACGACGAGUGCUCAGAAUUUAUUCAAGGCAACAGUAGCAACUGGAGCAUCAGCUUCUCAACAACUUGCAGUAAUUACUGGUGGACAAACUCAAGCUUCAGCACAAACCCAGGGUCAGCCUCGGCUGCCAGUUCCACCUCAUACAACAGCACAAGUACCAGCACAGCCCCCCGUCAUACCAAGCUCUCCUGUAGCUGGAACUACAGUUGUAUCACAGGAAAUGCAAGAGAAUGUGAAAAAAUGCAAAAACUUUUUAGCUACCCUUAUAAAACUUGCUUCUCAUAAUUCACCAUCUCCAGAAACAUCCCGUAAUGUGAAAGCUCUGGUUCAAGAUUUGCUGGAUGCGAAGAUUGAUCCAGAAGAAUUUACAGCCCGCCUUCAGUCGGAGCUCAAAUCGUCUCCUCAGCCAUAUCUUGUACCUUUCCUUAAGAAAAGUCUACCUGCACUGAGACAAUCUUUACUGAAUAGUCAACAUUCAGUUUUGCAAGGACAGCCGUCUCAGCAGUCACUUCAACAAACCAAGCUGUCACAAGUUAUACCUCAGUCUGCCUCUGGAAGCAUUUCCUCUGUUGUCACCACACAGACAAUGGGAAUAAGGCAACCAAACAACGUUUGCACAGUCUCUGUAUCAAAUACAGUGCAGCCUCCUCAGGUUAAGGUGGUACAGUCAAAUCAGAGUUCACAACUGCAGAUUAUCCAGUCAACAUCUGCUCAAACUGUGAAACGAACCCCUGCUUGCCAGACUACCCAGAUUAGGAUGCCAGUGGUAAUAACUCAGACCAUUAGACCACAAGGCACAGUAGGGAAGGCACCAACAAUACAAGCCAGCAAAAGUCCUGGGGGCUUUGGUGUUCAGGUCUCUGCAAAUCAGAAAAACAAGCUGAAUGACCCUGGAGGUGGUUCUUUCAGAGAUGAUGAUGACGUCAGUGAUGUUCCCUCUAUGGCUGGUGUUAAUCUUAAUGAAGAAAGUGCCCGCAUUUUGGCUGCCAACUCUGACUUGGCUGGAACUCACAUACAGUCCUGUAAAGAUGAACCCUUUCUUGCUGCUAUACCUCUACAUAAACGCAUACUUGAAAUUGCUAAAAAAUUUGGAAUUACUGAUGUGCCAGCUGAAGUGGUUACUUUUAUUUCCCAUGCAACACAAAACAGAUUAAAAACAAUGAUAGAAAAAGUAACACUGAUAACCCAGCACCGGAUGGAAUCGUACAAAGAUGAUGAGUGGUAUGAACAAUCUACAGAUGUCCGAUCACAGUUAAAGUUUUUUGAACAGUUGGAGCGUUUAGAAAAGCAAAGGAAGGAUGAACAGGAGAGGGAAAUCUUGUUGAAGGCUGCCAAGAGUCGCUCAAGGCAAGAAGACCCAGAGCAAGCCAGACUGAAACAAAAAGCAAAGGAGAUGCAGCAACAAGAACUUGCACAGAUGAGACAGAGAGAUGCCAAUCUCACUGCAUUGGCAGCUAUUGGUCCUCGGAAGAAACGGAAGCUUGAUUCACCUGGACUGCUUGCCACAGGGGGAGAGGUGACACCUGGUCGUUAUCCACUGCUCUCCUAACUGAUGGAGACUGGGGAGCUCUGGGGACCGUGAGAUUCAACCAGAUUUGGAUAAGAGGCUUCUUUGUAACAAAGGCUGUUACAAAAAAGGUGUUACCGGAAGCAGAAGCUCAGACUUGCAGGUAUAGACCCUGAGUAAUUUCUUUUCAGCCUUCCUGAGAAAAUCAAAACACCCGAAGGGAUGGGUCUGGAAAGAGGUUAAUGAA